GGGAGGCUGCUAGCUAGAGGAUCUCUCAACCCAUCUGUUCUCUCUCUCUCUCUCUCUAAUAUAUAAACGAGCUUGCCUUGCAGUUAAUUGAUCACAAAGCUCUUUUUCCAUGUCUUCUCUUCCUGUCCAAAUCUCUAAUCCUCUGCUUGACAAUCAUUUCUCAAUGAGUGAGUACUUCACCGGGAUCGCUGACUGGGAUUCGCAAGCUGUAUCUAGAAGUUGCACCAAUGCCUUUUCUACUUCUACCUUCAUGAACAAUAAUCCACAAACAUACUUGGCUCCUAUGACUAUACAACAAGAUCAUGACUUUCUUUUGAAUACUUUUCCUGAUUUGUUUGAAACACCAACAGUUUUAGAUGAAUUAGAUCAACUUUUCUACCCCAUGUUCAAUCCCCUGGCCCAACAAACCAUCCUCUCAUCAUCAUCCUCAUCCGUUUCUUUUUCCAAAGGAGAGACAGAGCAAGAAAAGGAGGCUUUCACUCGGUCUCCUCGUGUUGUUGCCGCUGCUACCACUGCUCAUCACGAGGUUAAAUAUAAAAGGAGGAAGAAUCAGCACAAAAGAGUGGUACUCCAAGUUACAGAAGGUGUUUCCUCUGAUACGUGGGCUUGGCGUAAAUAUGGUCAGAAACCCAUCAAGGGAUCUCCCUAUCCAAGGAGCUAUUACAGAUGCAGCAGCUCAAAGGGAUGUCUAGCAAGGAAGCACGUCGAACAGAGCCUCUCGGAUCCAGAAAUGUUUGUAAUAACCUACACUGCUGAGCACUGCCACGACCACCCAACUCGCAGGAAUUCCCUUGCAGGCACUACCCGCCACAAGUUCUCUACCUCUACCCCUAAAAUCUCCUCAACCACCGCUGCUGCCAAUCACAACACGCCAUCUCCACCGAGCCCUUCAUUGGCAUUGGCAACCAUGGAAGAAGAGUUGUCACGACAAAGGAUCCUCAAGAAAGAGAACAGAGAAGAAGAAGAAGAAGAAGAAGAAGAAGAUGAGCACAACGGACUUGACAUAUAUGAUAUGAUAUUGAAUGAUGACUUUCUCAUGGGCUUUGAUGAACCGGAUAGACUGACCUUUGGUCUACAAGAAGCCUACAAUGGUAAUUUGUGAGAGUAGUGUCCCAUCCCAUGACCCUUCCUAGCAUUGCUGACUGAAUGACAGAGUUUUUACUCACCCAAAAAAUGAGAGAUAGUUUCACCAGUUGUUAUUUAGUAUUUUCGGACAUUUGAUACGGUUAUUUAUUGAUAUAUCUACAGAUACUGUCCAAUAUUUAACCGUAUCACUGUUAAAUCAAUACUAUCAUUUACAUGACCUGAAAA